AAAAUCCGGUAAUUGUUUUUGAUAAGUAAAAAAAGUGCUUCAUUUGGCUGAAAUUUCAGUUCUUUUUACUUGAUAAUUCAUUUUAUGGAAAAUUAUAUCCCUAAAUGUGGAUGUAAUUCGAAUAAUUGAUCUCUCUAAUAUUAUAAUUAUGUGUUAAGUUUUGUUACUUCGGAAUUAAGUCACGCAAUCAUCGAAAAUGUAUCUGAACAGAUUCACUGCUGCUAUAGCAUUUUGUAUUAUUUCUUACUUAUUAUGUUACGUCGAAUGUAUUAUGUUUCAUUUACCACCUAAUUCUCAAAAAUGUCUUCGAGAAGAAUUAAGAGAAAAUGUCCUCAUCACUGGAGAAUAUGACGUGUCAGAAGCUCCUGGUCAAAGGGUCGACUAUGUGGUUACCGAUUCGAAAGGACACAUAUUUUCACAGAAAGAUGAAGUAAACAGAGGGAAAUUUUCAUUCGUUAGUGAAACUUAUGACACCUUUGAAAUUUGCUUCAUCUCCAGGGUACCGCAUCAACAAAGGACCAUCUUCCAUGAAGUAUCUUUGAAUGUGAAAACCGGAGUUGAGGCUAAGAGUUACGAAGGCUUGAAUGAAGCUGCUAAACUCAAGCCAAUGGAAAUAGAGCUGAAACGUUUGGAAGAUUUAUCUGAAUCUGUGGUCCAAGAUUUUGCUGAUAUGAAAAAAAGAGAAGAAGAAAUGCGAGAUACUAAUGAAUCCACUACAAACAGGGUGUUCUACUUGAGUAUAUUCAGUAUAUUUAUUUUAUUGGCAUUACCAACAUGGCAGAUAUUAUACCUUCGGAAGUAUUUCAAGUCUAAAAAACUAAUUGAAUAAACAUUUACGCUGUUAAUUUAUGUAUAACAUGUAAAUUUUGUACAUUAUGUUCUACUAUUAAGGGUAAACACUCGAUUUUAAUUCUUGCAUUUCUUUGGAAAAAUUAUAAAUAAAAAUAAAUUUGCUGUUUUGUUUUCAACUAUACAAA